UCGUGCCCGUGCGCGUGCCCCAGCUGGAAGUUGACGCCAUUGUAUCCGGUUAAGUGUGAAAAUAGCCCUCGCAAACCUUGAAUAUGACAACUUAAUUGUAUCACUCUUUUGUGUGACUUUAUUGAAUUCCUCAUUUUCUCGGUUAUCGUUGAUGUGUUUCGUAAUAGUGUCGUACGAACCGAGGCUAAUACACAUCUUGAGCGGCAGCAAGGUUAAUCCAAGGAGCGGCUGGCUGCUCGUGGAUGCUAACGCUACGUGGCUAGCAGCCACUUAUAUUCACAUUUAACUGCAUUGUUGGCCUUCAAGUAUUAUUAUCACUGUUAUAAGUUUGUCCUGGUUACGUUGGCACUUUUAGCGAACCGCGAACUUCCGCUAAGAAUCACAACAUUCUUUUGAGCUAACGAAGCUAACUGGUAGCUUGGCCGGAUACAAAUGUGUUAAACUGGAGGCGGCACCGUCACAAAUCUUCCUUUAACACGCUCCCCGGCGUGGAACAUGUCUGAGGGCCCCGAGGGCAAGCAGGCCCCGGACGCUGUCCAGGAAGCCAAGGCGGAGCCGAUGGCCGCGGCGCCCGCGGGACAAGGCGUGUCCCCUCCCGUGUCCGUGGUGAGCCAGCCGCCCCCCGCUGCCGCCGCCACCGAGGAUGAGGAGGAGGAGAGCGAGGAUGAGUCUGAGAUUCUGGAGGAGAGUCCGUGUGGACGCUGGCAGAAGCGCAGAGAGGAGGUAAAUCAGCGUAAUGUACCAGGCAUUGAUAACGCUUACCUGGCUAUGGACACCGAGGAAGGAGUGGAGGUGGUGUGGAAUGAAGUCAUGUUCUCAGAAAGGAAAAACUUCAAACUACAAGAGGAAAAAGUCAGAGCCGUCUUUGACAAUUUGAUCCAGCUGGAGCAUUUAAACAUUGUGAAGUUCCACAAGUACUGGGCGGACGUUAAAGAGAACAGAGCCAGGGUCAUUUUCAUCACAGAGUACAUGUCCUCUGGAAGUCUCAAACAGUUUCUGAAAAAGACAAAGAAGAAUCACAAGACCAUGAAUGAAAAGGCGUGGAAGCGCUGGUGCACACAGAUACUGUCUGCUCUUAGCUACUUGCACUCGUGUGAGCCACCCAUCAUCCACGGCAACCUGACCUGUGACACCAUCUUCAUUCAGCACAACGGUCUCAUCAAGAUCGGCUCAGUGGCCCCGGACACCAUCAACAACCAUGUCAAAACAUGCCGGGAAGAGCAGAAAAGCCUUCAUUUUUUUGCUCCAGAAUAUGGAGCUGUUGCCAAUGUAACCACUGCAGUGGAUAUCUACUCCUUUGGAAUGUGCGCUUUAGAGAUGGCAGUGCUAGAAAUCCAAAGUAAUGGAGAUUCAUCGUAUGUUUCCCAAGAAGCCAUUAACAGUGCCAUUCAGUCCCUGGAGGACCCCUUGCAACGGGAGUUCAUCCAGAAGUGUCUUGAGGUAGACCCCAGCAAGCGUCCCACUGCCAGGGAGCUCUUGUUUCACCAGGCCUUGUUUGAGGUGCCCCUGCUCAAGCUGCUGGCCGCACACUGCAUCGUCAGCCACCAGCAUAUGAUUCCAGAAAAUGCUUUAGAGGAGAUGACAAAGAACAUGGACCCCAACCUGGUGAUUGUUGAAGGGAAGGAGGGUGUUCAGAUGAAGCUGUCCCAGUUUCCUGCCCUUGAGCUGGACAAGUUCCUAGAGGAUGUCAGGAACGGGAUCUAUCCUCUGACUGCGUUUGGAAUUCCGUGCCCACAGCAGCCUCAACAGGAGACGGUGAAGUCACCCAUUGUGCCCCCCUCUGUCAAAACCCCCACUCCAGAACCUGCAGAACUUGAGACCAGGAAGGUCCUGCAGAUGCAGUGCAACAUUGAGCCAGUAGAUGAAGGCGCCAAGCAUCAUCUGACUUUGUUGUUGAAGCUUGAGGACAAACUGAACCGACACUUGAGCUGUGACCUGUUACCAAAUGAGAAUGUGCAAGAGUUGGCUGUGGAGCUCGUUCAGCUCGGCUUCAUCAGUGAGGGGGAUCAGCCCCGACUCGCAUCCGUUCUCGAAGAGGCCUUCUCCAAGUUCUACAGCCGCAACGGUUCUCUCAACCCCGUCACCGUUUCCUCAUAGCUAAGGACCGGCAGCGGGCCCUCCUUCAGACACGGCCCGCCUCUACUGCCUCUAGUGGACGGACAAAAGACUGCAGUUUUGGUAUGUUGUGGUGGGUGGGACAAAGCUGCCACUAAGUGGUUUCUCUUUUAUGUCAUCAAAGUCCAGUUCAGCUAUCUGCUUCUCCUCUGAGAGAAAAGCCUCGUCGUGGAAGGAAAACUUACUCUAUGGCUUACUUCUCUCACUUGUAAAGUCUUGAAAUGUUUAAGGAGAAAGGCCGCAAGAGCGUAUUUUCCUUAAGUCAGUAUUAAAAGUGUAUUUUUAACAUUUUUACUUGUUUAAAUAGAUGUCGUUUUCUUUCCUCCCGUUCUGCAAACUGAAGUGUUGUAAAGUCUGCUGCUUGAAGUUGUCAUGCUGGCUUCUAGAUCAAAUUAUUUAUUUGUCUUUAAGUGAAAUUCUCUUACUGAAUGUAGGCUCCUCCCCCAAAACGUUGACUUUGCUGUUACUUUCUACCACCAACUUUGACAUGACUGUGAAAUGUGUGAAAUAGAGGCUGCUUUACAUCAAUGUGAACAUGAUUCUUUUUUUUUUCUUAUUCUGCCUAGUUUACUACACAGUUACUUCAGCAGUGAUGACACGGAGACAUUCAUUGGUUACUUUGCACUACUGUAAAAUUAUUACAUUUGCAAAUGGCCUUCAUUAAGAAAUCAGGGUUUGUAUAUACUCCAUAUUCUUGUGUGCUGGCAUCAUUUAGUCUUCAUUAAGACUGCUUGACAAACACACCUUUUCACCUUUCUUUUUACCCCACUUCCUGAGCAUUAAAAAAUCACUAUCAGUA